CAAAACUUUUGUUGAAAUGAAUGCACUAAGACCUUUACAGAUAAAAAAUAAAAUCAAGCGAGAAGAAAUUCAUGCUCGAAGAAAACAAGAAAAAAACCGUCGUAAAACGGAAACGAGGCUGAAACGACGGAAAGAAGAAGCCAAGAAUCCAGAAAAAAAAGCGGACCGAUUAUCAAAAAAUAUACCUAAAACGCUUGAAAACACUCGGGAAUUUGAUGAAACGAUUGUUGAUCCCGAUGAUUCUGAAGUUUGCGAAGACGAAGAAACAGAUGAAUUUUCUGCAUAUUUUCGUGAAGGGGUAGUACCCAAAAUUCUCAUAACUACCAGUAAAAGGCCAUCGAAGGCCGGGUAUCAAUUUACAUCAGAAUUAGUGGAUGUAUUUCCAAACAGCCAAUUUAUGAAAAGAGAAAGCAGAUAUUCGAUAAAGCAAAUCAUCGAUUCUUGUAUGAAUCGUGACUUCACAGAUGUUAUGAUAAUAAACGAAGACAGGAAAGUUCCAAAUGCUCUCACGUUAGUUCAUUUGCCUGAAGGGCCUACCGCAUAUUUUAAAUUAACAAGCAUUAAAUUAAGCCGUGAAAUAGAAGGCCACGGAAGGUCAUCGUGUCAUAAACCCGAAUUAAUUCUUAAUAAUUUUAAUACACGGCUUGGUCAUACUAUUGGUCGAUGGCUUCAAGCACUUUUUCCUCAUGUCCCAGAGUUUCAGGGGCGUCAGGUUGCAACAUUUCAUAACCAACGCGAUUUCAUUUUUUUUAGACGCCACAGGUAUGUGUUUAAGAAUAAAGAGAAAGCUGAAUUGCAGGAAAUUGGUCCCAGGUUCACACUCAAACUCAAGUGGUUACAAAAAGGCAAAUUCGAUAAAGAUGAGGAAUACGAAUGGAUGUUCAAA